UGAGUGUAUGUAUUUGUGUAUGUAUUGUUUCUGCCUGCUUUGAGGUUAUUCACGUGCACGCGCAUGCAGUCUCCUCUCCUGUAGGUUUGCUCCAAUCGGUGAGAGCUGCAGCUACCGCGGGGGCGCGCCUCAGCUCUAUUCAGUCUUUUUAUUCCUACAUCGCGUGUAUUUCUAUAGUCAAUUUCUCUUAUCGCCACAAGAUAUACAUUCAUAUUUUAAACCGUGUAGAUAAUAAAAACGGGAGAUUACAGAGAGAUGUGUACUCCAGGAGAAAAAUACUCUGCUCACCCCGGGGGCUGCGCAGUGGCUAAAGUUGUCUAAGGCUGUGAUACCAACCAACUCCAUAAGUACCAUGAACAGCACUGCCUGGCCUUUAGACCUGGCAGAUUUUGCUAGGAGCCAGGCCUUCAACAGCACUCUCGGACAGACUCCUGUCAGCGGCUGGGCCUUGAUCCACACAGCAACCCUGGCCUCCUGCUCUCUUCUCCUUAUCAUUAUAUUCUGCCUGGGUUCGUAUGGAAACUUAGUGGUGUUCCUGUCUUUCUUUGACCCGGCAUUCCGCAAGUUCCGUACCAACUUUGACUUCAUGAUCUUGAACCUGUCCUUCUGUGACCUGUUCAUCUGCUGUGUAACUGCACCCAUGUUUGCUCUCAUCCUUUUCCUGGAUGUCGGGGACAGUGGAGGUGGUGUAUCAAAGGGCUUCUGCUUUGCCUUUCAUCUCACUAGCUCAGGUUUCAUCAUCAUGUCUUUGGAAACAGUGGCGGUCAUUGCCCUGCAUCGGUUGCGCAUGGUGCUGGGCCAGCAUCCAAACCAUGCCGCAUCCUUCCCAUGCACGUUGUCUCUCACUGCCCUACUUUGGACUUCUAGCUUCACCCUGGCAGCCUUGGUCACCUUAAGAGCCUAUCCCAGGGGUGCUGGUCCCUGCCUGCCUCACUUUGGCCUCACAGGGAACCAGGCAAAAGUGGUGUUGUAUGUGUAUCUUGCAGAUUUUGCUUUUUGUGUGGGUGUAGUGUCCAUGUCAUAUCUAAUGAUUGCAAAUGCAUUGCGAAAGAAUGCCCUGGUGCGGAAGUGUUCUGUUAUCAUGGUGGGUGCCACACGUCCCCCAGCUGCUCCACCGGCCUUCAUUGCUGCUGGAUUUGAAGGCAUACAGUGUGCUGUCCAGGUGCCCUCACUAUAUCGUAAUCAGACCUACAACAAGCUUCAACAUGUUCAGACACACCCAUUUACAAAGAGUAGCAGUCAGGCCCUGGUGCCCAGGACUGCCACACAUGCUACCUGCUGUCAGUUGGUUUCAAACCUGUCCACAGCCAAGGAUUCCAAGGCUGUAGUGACGUGUGUGGUCAUAGUCAUAUCUGUGCUUUUAUGCUGCCUUCCCAUGGGUGUGGCCUUGACACAGGAUGUUUUGUCACCAGAGAACAGCUUCGUACACUACCAGUUUGAGCUCUGUGGAUUUGCUCUGAUCUUUCUCAAGUCAGGCAUAAAUCCAUUUGUUUACUCCAGGAACAGUGCUGGCCUGCGACGCCGUGUGCUCUGCUUCCUCCAGUGGCUGGCAUUUAGCUCCUUCUGCUGCAAGCACAAGACCCGUUUGCAUGCCAUGGGCAAGGGAAACCUGGAGAUAAACCGCAAUAAGUCUUCACACCAUGAAACCAACUCAGCCUACAUGCUCUCACCAAAGCCACAGAGGAGGCUGGUGGACCAGGCAUGUGGGCCUAGCCACUCACGGGACAGCAUGCCCAGUGCUCGUGCCACAACAGAAUGCAAAUCCCAUCCUCCUAGCACCUCCACACCCAUCAACACUCGCAUAGAGCCCUACUAUAGCAUCUACAAUAGCAGUCCCUCAGCUGGACCCAGUUCUCCCAACAGCCUGAAUCCAGUAAAUUCUCAGACUGCAGGAUUUGCUAAGAGCUUCGUGGCAAUGCAUUAUCACAUCCACCAGGAGGCACUGCAGGACUUUGACAGUACCUCAGCCCAUCAGAUCCCCACACCCUCAGUAUGAAUGCUUUACCACUAUUAAGCAUGUUGGGAGCAAUAGAAUGGCAGUGUUUGCUUACAUGAUAUAUAAGAGAAUGUACAUUGUUCAUUUGUGGUUCUUCAGUGCUGGACUCGAGUGAGAGGCUGUGCAUAUUUAAUGAGAGUUUAUGCUAAUUCAGACUAUCCACAAAGUAUUAUUGAUGUUCCUUGACUUAAGGAUAUUCUAUUUUUACACCGGCAUGGAGUUUUUGAUAAGGUGGUGAAAGUGUCUUUUGAUUAAGAUCAAGUAUUUGUGAAAGCUAUACAUUUAAUGUCGUAUUAAAUGAUUUGCAAGUGUAUUUUUCCUAUGCUGACUUCAUUUUGAAGAAAUAAAUAUUUUCCAAGCAUGGGCAAGAUGGAGCACACUGUAGUUUCAUUGUGUGGAGCCCAUCAGAAUAAGGUGAAAUCAUGAAAAUGGUCAAUCUUCAUCAGUGCUGCAGAUUUGUUACACCCAAACAAACAAACAAAAAUGAAAAAUACAAUUAAACAUUUAGCAGCUUAUUUAAGAAAGUUUAGAAUAUUUUACAUUUUGUGUCAGUUUUAUGAUUAACUUGAGAGCUAGUCUGGAGAGCGAGACUCUUAAGUGUUUAGCUUCAGCCAGAAUGUCCAGAGAACCUAGAUACUACAAUAUAACAGUCAAAUCAUGCUAAUGUUCAUUAUAAAUUAAUGCCUGUUUUAAUCAGUUGUUUUUAUAUUGUAAUUUUUGCUCUCCCUUCAUUUUUUAUAGCAUGAUGUGCUGACCAAUUUAUCUAAUGUUCAGAUGAGUGACAAAUUAAAGGAAAAGCCUAGUAAGGUGUUAUGUCACUACAAGUCACUAGAACAACGUACACUGAUCAGGCAUAACAUUAUGACCCCUGACAGGUGAGGUGAAUAACGCUGAUGAUCUCAUCAUGGCACCUGUUAGUGGGUGGGAUAUAUUAGGCAGCAAGUGAACAUUUGGUCCUCAAAGUUGAUGUGUUAUAAGCUUAGAUUGUGAUGGCUAGACGACUGGAUCAGAGCAUCUCCAAAACUGCAGCUCUUGUGGGGUGUUCCCGGUCUGCAGUGGUCAGUAUCUAUCAAAAGUGGUCCAAGGAAGGAACAGUGGUGAACCGGAGACAGGGUCAUGGGCGGUCAAGACUCAUUGAUGCACGUGGGGAGAGAAGGCUGGCCCGUGUGAUCCGAUCCAACAGACGAGCUACUGUUGCUCAAAUUGCUGAAGAAGUUAAUGCUGGUUCUGAUAGAAAGAUAUCAGAAUACACAGUGCAGAACGGGUCAAGGUUGUUUUGGGUGCAAAAGGGGGACCAACACAAUAUUAGGCAGGUGGUCAUAAUGUUAUGCCUGAUCAGUGUAGAUGGUUACCUAGUUAACAAGGCAUAAAUUUCUAAAGGAAAUUAUUUAAUCUUGAGAAUGCGGGUAAAGAGUACCCACAUGUAAUUACAGAAUUUCUCAUAGGUAUUUAACAGGUAUUGUAAUCAGAAGAACUUUGAUGGGCAUUGAAUCCCUCUAAGAGGACAUGUAUAACCAAACCAUGCCACCUCUACACAGCCACCAGUUUUCCAUUUAAUUUGUCUGCAUCUGAUUUCACGAAAGAUUUUUUUUUAAAUCUGUUUGGUAUCCAGCAGUUUAUAUCAGACAUAAUACGACACUGAUAGAUCUACUGCCUUUCAACAUUUGUUUGCAGUCUUCACCAGCUGGAACGUCCAUGAGGUCUUUAUUUUAUUAAAGUCUGCACUAGGGCUCCUGCAGAAACACGGCCUGUAUCAUAAUGGAAGUCAACUUCAAUUCACCGUCAUAAACAUGUGUUUUUUAAACAGGGAGGACCACUGGGCAGUUUCACUAAAGCAGAGGAAACAAUUUUGUUUCUAGCUUAUCUAAAUUAUAUGAUCCAGUGAGCAUGUUUGUGUACAUGUAUACUUAACAUCAACUCAAAACUUUAUGAAUAUUAAAUCCUAUGCAAAUAAAUGAAUUAAUUAAUUUGCUCAAGUUUUCUUAAUGAAUUGGACAAUGGGAUUCCAUCCUAAAUCAUUAAUUAAAGCAUUUAAAGUUUACUGACUGCAUUUAUUUUGGUGUGUAUAUACACAAUGCACACCCUAAAUAUUUUCACACAUGCCCAAAGCACAAUCUUGUUUUUAAAUAAAGACAAAUGCUCACUAUAAUGUAUGACUGUAAGCGCCUGUGCCCACUUAAAUGUAGUAAUCAUACUGCCAUAAUCUCAUGGCAGGAUCAACAUGAAUCUUUGUAUGUGUUCAGAUGUAGUCUAAAAUAAAA